UCUAAAUAAAUUAUGUCUUGAAUUUUGAAUAGGUGGAUAUCCUCAAAAUGAUCCACAACGACCAUAUCAACAAUUUGGUGGUGGCAACAAUAUAAAUUUUCAUAAUAAUCGUCUUCGAGCAAUAGCUGAAAAAUAUGAAAUAAAUGAUGCAUUAUUACAACGUCUAAAUAUACUUCAACAAUUUGACAUCGUUGUACUUUGUGAUGAUUCUAGUUCAAUGAAGACACCUGUUGAUGGAACAACUGGUACUCGUUGGGAUGAAUUACGAGCUAUCGUACAAAUUAUUAUUGAUAUUGGUACAAUAUUUGAUUCGAAUGGUGUUGAUGUACAUUUUCUUAAUCGACCUCCUAUGCUUAAUGUUACUGAUCCUCGACAAGUUAUUGAAUCAUUUAGUCAACGUCCUCAAGGAUUAACACCUCUUACUCCUGCAUUACGACGAAUUUUUCAAUCAGGAGCAAGUAGACAUAGUAGUAACAAACGUUUACUAGUUUUUGUAGCUACAGAUGGAGCACCAACUGAUAAUUAUGGUAAUGUCGAUAUACAAAGUUUAGAAAAUUUAAUGCGACAUGAACGUCAAUCAAAUACUAUGUAUGUAACAUUUCUUGCUUGUACUGAUGAUGAAGCAAGUGUAGAUUAUUUAUCUAAAUGGGAUCGUUCAAUGAUAAAUGUUGAUGUUGUUGAUGAUUAUAAAUCAGAACGAGAAGAAGUACGUCGAAUUAAAGGAUUCAAUUAUCCAUUUUCAUUUGGUGAUUAUGUUGUUAAAGCAUUAAUUGGUGCUGUUGAUCCACAAAUGGAUGCUCUUGAUGAACAUCCAAAUAGUAAUAAACAUUGGUAG